GGAAUAAAAUUUCCAGUCAUUGUAAAGCUGUCGUUGUGGGUGGUUUAAGUGUACAUAUCGUUUAUUUUUACAUUUACACGUGUUGCAGAAAUUUUAUUAGAGGCCGCCAGUGUAAUAUUCUAAGGUUUCCCUAUGAAUAAAAUGUGGAAACAUGGAUUAUUCGUAAAGUGAACUUUAGUGUUGUACCUGUGCAUGUGUUAUUGUGAAGUAUUAAAACAUUGUUUAUUAUUGGUGCCACAUUCGAAAUAUUUUUCUGAAAGGUAGACUGCUGUUAAGUGUUUUUUUUUAUUUGUGUUCAUUUGUUCUGGCAUGGAAGUAUUUUCUAUAAUUUAGACACGUUGUUUACAUCAAUAAGAUGGAACCCGACGUUUCGCUAUCAGGUGACACUCGUCCACAGGACGCGAAUAGUAAGUCGUCGCCUUCAGAAGGUUCUAAGAAGGUUUACGAUUCGUCCGACGAAAGUGACAUCGACUCAGAUCUAGUGUCCACGAUCAACACUAACAACGCCGCCUACAACGUGCUCAAGGACAUUAUGCAAGAUCAAGGCGCGGACGAAGAUUUUGAUCUAAACGGCACCUUUUUCUCGCACUAUUUCCAAAAUCAUAUGAACAAUUUGCCGGUAAGAAAUGUUGUGAACACGUACGGCCGGAGACUUUCGGAAUGUCGCGAAGAAGAAGAAGAAGAGCAAGAGAAAAACGAUACCAGUGAGAAAGACGAUUCAGUGGAUUUACCAAAAAAUAACAAUUCGGGUAGUGAAAAGAGUUUGUCGGAAGCAUCUUCGAGCGGGUCCAAGUGCUCCGUCAUCGACACGGUCAGCGGACCGACCAAAAAAUUCGUCAUCACUAAGCCAAAACAGUCGAAACUUGAGAAAAACCAUCUACAGUAUUCGUCGUUCGACGGUGGUACGUCGAAGAAGCCGUCCGAAGCGGCCAAAAUAUUUGCGAAACGGAAGGAAUAUCGGCAAUCGAACACAGUUCAUUUUCCAACUUCUGACGAAUCGAAAAGGCCGUCCGUGUAUUCGCUCUUUAGCAGAACCCCGUCGCUACAGAGUCCGCAUUACGAUCGACGAUUCUUCGAUCAAUCGCUGAUCGAAAUGAGAAGCCAAACGUCCAGCACGAGCACGCUUGAUUGUGGCAGUACAGAUGAUGAUAUCUGGGUGCGAAGAUCCCAGGGCGAUGCCAAAGCGGAGUUGGGGUCGCAGCCACUACCUACAACCAAUUAUGACGACGUCGAUGUGAUUCCUAGGCCCAGGUCAGGCACGUGGGGCUCUAAAUCCGAUACGAAAAAGCCAGACAAAGACAACAAAAGUAAAACCAAAGAACAUAAAUCGAAGCACGAUAGCAGUAAGUCUGAGAACAAGAACAAAAACGAAAGUAGAUCGGAAGGACGAAAGGAGAAGAAGAAGGAAAAGCAAAGUAGUGGCAGUAGAAGUGGCUCAACGUCUCGAUCAAGUUCCGCCGAAAGACGAAAAUCGGGCGAUGAAAGUCCGAAAAAAGGGGGUAUGUUUGAUGCCUUUCGAAGCAGAUCAAAUUCUGAUGCGAGCAAGAAAAAGGCAAGUGCCUUUAUGGCCACGAUGAAGAGUGCCAUGCUGCAUACCGGUUUCAUGCAUCCUAAAAGAACACCCAGAGAUGGGUCAGCUCACCCCGUGCGCGAUGGUGACUCGCAUACCCAGUACUACCAUACUGUCACUGCUGCUUCGACUAGUCGUAGCCCUAUGACUAAAGUGAUGGACAUUUUCAGGAACAGGUCUCAUGCUAGCGUGCCCCCAGAGGACAGAAGAAAGAGGGCACAACAACAACUGAGUCAGGGAGCACAUCUUCGAAGAACGACAUUAGACCCUGACAGGCGUAGGCAAUCUAUUGGUACCCUAUUACCACAUAGAGCUUCCGAUGCUUUUCUAGAUCCCCAUCAUGCCGCCAUUUUGUUCAGAGAUUCGCGAGGGCUUCCAGUUGUAGAUCCAUUCCUGGAAAAAGUAAACAUCUCUGAUUUAGAAGAGGAUGAGUCUCAGAUAUUUGUAAAGUUCUUUAAAUUCCACAAAUGUUACGAUCUCAUUCCAACGUCCGCAAAAUUGGUUGUUUUCGACACACAACUCCUUGUUAAGAAAGCAUUCUUUGCUCUAGUAUAUAAUGGGGUGAGGGCUGCUCCUUUAUGGGACAGCUGCCAACAGGAAUUUGUUGGUAUGUUGACCAUCACCGACUUUAUCAAAAUCCUUCGAAUGUAUUACACCUCACCAAACGUGGAAAUGUACGAAUUGGAGGAACAAAAGUUAGAUUCUUGGAGACAGGUUCUGAAAGACCAAAGGACGUUGGUGCACAUUGGACCUGACGCGUCUCUUUUUGAAGCGAUACGGACUCUGAUUCACAAUCGCAUUCACAGGUUGCCGGUUAUCGAACCCGAAACCGGGAACGUCUUGUACAUAUUGACCCACAAAAGGAUAUUAAGGUUCCUGUUUUUGUAUAUAAGUGAAUUACCAAAACCCAGUUACAUGAAUAAAACGCUUAGAGAACUUAGGAUUGGAUCUUAUGACAAUAUAGAAACUGCUUCGGUAGACACUCCAAUAAUCGUAGCUUUAAAGAAAUUUGUCGAAAGGCGAGUUUCUGCCUUGCCUAUUAUUGAUGCUGAAGGCCGCUUAGUAGAUAUUUAUGCUAAAUUUGACGUUAUCAACUUAGCUGCUGAGAAGACUUACAACGACCUAGAUGUUUCGCUUAAAAAAGCCAACGAACAUAGAAACGAAUGGUUUGAGGGUGUGCGCAAGUGCAAGUUGGAUGAAACGUUAUUUACUAUAAUGGAACGGAUUGUAAGAGCUGAGGUUCACAGAUUAGUUGUUGUAGACGAAAACGAUAAAGUUAUUGGCAUAAUUUCUUUGUCCGAUUUGCUGUUGUACCUGGUGCUUAGGCCUUGUGGAGAAGAAUGCUCUUCCACUGAAGGCGGUGUUUCUCUGAGGGCUCAAGAUUUCAAAACGGAAUCAACAACUCAAUCGAGCUUCGAUCAGGAGAUAGCUGAAACCAUCCUGGAAGAAGAGGAACAUGGCGAGCAUGCUGAGGUUUCUGUUGAAUCUUCUAAUAACACUACCUCUAAUGGUAACGGCCUCUUCGCCAACAGCAAUGGCUCGGCUGCAAGAGAAACCAUUAUUGAUUCCCCGGUGCUCGACAAAUCGUCGUCUUUACAUGCUGACCCUAUACUACGAGAAGUGACUGUAUCGGGUGGCGAAUGAGGCCCCCAAAGUCAUAACGAUUCGUUAGUGUUUUUAUAAAAAGUAUAUUUUUUGAAUGAUAAUGAUGCGAGUUACAAAUAUUACACAAAAAAAUGUCGUGAACCGUGAGUAACUUUCAGUAUGAAGUAAUUAUAGUGCGACGGAAAAAUCAUGCCACCGAUAAACAAAAGGUGUAGGCGUAAGGGAGGAGAAUAGGUAAUAACGUUCUCCUUUGUACUUUGCACUCGUCCAAUUUAUAAGUACUUAACAACAGUAACAAACACGGGAUAUAACUGUAUUAUGCCAAAGACUUGUACGUUUUGGAUGGUAAAUAAUUAUUAUUAUUGUAUCUAAUAAAAUAGGAGCUGAGAAAGAAACGAGGGAUGAUUAUUAUAAUUAAGAUAAGAGAGAGGUACGAAAACGGAAAGACAUAUUUAUUGAACUAAAUUGAUUACAUUGAUACUUACUCUCAUAAUAAGGUGAUAAUAAAAAAUAAUGUAAUGUAUAUUUGCUUACCGUUGUUUAAUAGUAAUUAUUAUUAUUAAUUUUGUUCCUUCCGCUAUGAAUAUGUCUACAACAACCAAAUGAGACAUUAAUAUUAACGGCUUAUUUAUGGUACUUGAUUAGAUUAUUUUACUUUUUAUUGAUUAUUAAUUUGAUAGAAAGCACAAAAAAAUCAAUUGUACGAUUAGUCAAACAAGCAACGGUGCAAUUUGGGAUUGUUUCAUUAAGAAAACAAUGUUUUGGUAAUUUUUAGGAUGGAAUUUGUAUAUUUGAUCUAUACAAUGAAACACUUAUUUAUAUUGAACUUCGAUUAUGCACAUUAGGUUCAACAAUAGUUAAUACUUUAUUUCCAGUCAUGUGCACGAGCUGUGACACUCACAUUCUUUUAACUACCAUAAUUAAUUCAAAAAUAAUCUAAUAAGUUUUUUUUUGCAAUUCUGUAUUAUUAUUAUUUUUUUUUAUAAAGCAUAUGAUUAAAUGCAAUUGUAAGAGCUCGUGCACUUAUAUUAAUUAAUCGGGUAUAUUUUUAAUCAGGUAAAAUUGUACUAAAUAGUUUACAAAUUAUUAAAUUAACAUUACUAAAUAGAAAAAAUGAUAAAAAAAUAAUUCAUUCGAUUUAAACUUGAUAACAUCAGUGAUGGGAUCAAAAGAGUAGAAACGAUAAUUGCAUGAAAGUGGUCCCCGAAAUAAUGAAUUUCAUAAUUUUUCAUAAGCUUAUUUAGUGCUUAUUCUAAUAGUAUAACAUUAAAGAUCGCUCCAAUAGUUCAAAACGAUGAUGACCAUCAAAAUAGUUACAUUUAAUUAUUAGAGUAAUCUUAAAUGUUAUGAAUUCUUAGAAUAAGUACUUAUGGGACAAAACAAAAAAAAAAUAUUUUAUUAAACUUAUGAAAUUCACUGUUCGUUGCGACUAUACUAUUAACCUUAGUUCAUCAAUUUUCUAUUACAAUUUGUAAUCAUUUACUGUCGAGUGCCAUAAUGCAAUUUCAGUAAAAAAAAAGUUUAAUAUUCAUACUAGUGAGUCUUGUAUUACUGGUUAGUGACAAACAAACUAAAUGAAAUCAUAGAAAAAUUAAAAUUGUUUACAUAAUUAGGAAAUAUUAAGUUUGCAGCAGAGCAUUCUUUAUUAUUUGCCGUUUUGUGAUUUGCAAAUGUUAGUUUUUUAAUUAAGUAGUCUAUUUUUAUUAAGUAGCUACCUAAUUAUUAUUGUGGUUCUAUCGAACUUGUGUAUGUACGUGUCUGUGUAAGUUUUACACUUCAUUAUGCUAAAGUUUGACCUGUUAUAAAAGUGUAAUUCUCGCAAAUAAAAAUGAAAUAUAACUUUU